GUUGAUAGUCUAAUGACGUGUUUUAAAGUGAGUUUUGUAUUUAAAGAUCCAAUAUCUUGUCCCGCGAAUUCAGGAAGUGAAGUUCGGCGCGGGCUAAACAAAUCUCAUCCUCGUGUAGAAGACAACACAACACAGAAUGGCUAAAGGGAUGUAUUUAGAGCAUUAUUUAGACAGUAUAGAGGGACUUCCCUGCGAGCUACAGAGAAACUUUGCAUUGAUGGGUGAUUUGGAUAAUAGGACUGAAGAGAAAAAAGCAGAGAUUAAUGAAUUGGCUGCUGAGUAUGUUGCCAAAGUUAGGAAUCUGGCACCUGAGGAGCGUGUCCAGCAUUUAAAGAAGAUCGAGAACGCAUAUCACAAAUGCAAAGAGUACAGUGAUGACAAAGUUCAGCUUGCAAUGCAGAUCUAUGAAAUGGUGGAUAAACACAUUCGGCAAUUAGAUGCUGAUCUGGCGCGCUUUGAAAAUGAUCUGCAGGAGAAACUGGACUCGGGUAUUCCGGAUAGCUCAGAUGAAAAGCACUCUCAAAAGGAUAAAAAUAUCAAAGAAAAGAAGGGAUCGCAUGGUAGAGACAAGAAAGGAUCAGAUCAAGACUCACCAAAGCAGAAAAGACAGAAAAAUGGUCCUAGUCCUAACAUUAGUGAAGCUCUUCUCACCAUGCACCCAUCAGAUGUCCUUGAUAUGCCCGUGGACCCUAACGAACCCACAUACUGCUUAUGUAGUCAAGUGUCAUAUGGAGAAAUGAUUGGCUGUGACAACACAGAUUGUCCAAUAGAAUGGUUUCACUUUGCUUGUGUUGGCCUGACAAUUAAACCAAAGGGAAAGUGGUACUGCCCACGAUGCAUCCAAGAAAUGAGGAAAAAGUAAAGCUAUUUUUACAAUGCAUUUUGAAUUAACGAAGCUGCUUUUUUUUAUUACAACCUACUCGGUGGACCUUGUGUUGGGAAAAUCUGUGUAUCGGUGGAUUUUCUAAGUAUACAACAGAUGGGCAUCAAUGUCACAGUAGUAAAGAAUAUUAAAUGUUUUCUUUAGUCUCAGCAAAAACCUUGGAGUUUUUUUUUUUAUUACAAAAUAAAGUUAAUUUAUGACAAUGCAUAACUUAACCUCAUUUAUUCCUUGAUCACAUUGGCGCACUGAUAACACUUU